ACAGCGAGCAUGGCUAAAUAUUCUCGAAACUGGUGUACCUCGGAUCGCCGGUUAACUGACUGAAUGAACUGCGACAUCCGUUUCUGGUUGUGCUUGCAUCUGUGCUUAUUCUUCGCUCGAAACCAUUCCAGUCUAACCAAACUGACUCGAGCACGACCAAUAUCGACUCACAGCUAAUUUGAACUCGCCAAUGUCGCCAUCAUUUGGGUUUUCUCUUGCAUAUGCUUCUAUCUUGCAAGACAUCCAACUUUUGAUACAUUCCUAUUAUGAUCAAUGCCCCUCCAUGUCUUCCAUUCUAUUAAACUCCUCUUCAACGGUCCUGAUAUCCCCUCUCAUCCUCCAAAAUACCACUUCUCAUCACAAAUACCCGCAUCCUCCCCUCCCCUCCUCCUUCAACAUUUCACCCAUUCUCAUUCUCUUCUCAAAAAUCCAACUAACUCCAUCUGCAUCACAUACAAAUGGACAGAAGACUUUGUGAUCAAGUACCUCUGGUCCACAGCUGCAUACGGGCUGAUAGCCGUGUCGCUGAGGGAGAUGGUGAGGGUAGGAGUGAGAGUGGCAAAGGACGAAAGCAAAAGGAUGCGGAUUGUGUCGUUGCUGUUAGGACGGAAAGAUUGUCCAAGCGCCGCCUUCUCAUCUCACUCGCAGACACAGGCGGGAGACUUAUGUAUGCAUAUAAGGACCUGCAAGAGGUUGCUGGAUUGACUGGGCGUGUCUGAACAAAAUGCCGACGGGUUUCAUUAAAAUAGGACAAAAUCGUUCUGCCACGCCAUGCUUCAAUGAAUGAAAACACGGAGAC